GUGUUGAUAGUAAGAAGAUUAUGGAGAAACUUCAGCAAAUUCAGGGUUACAUCCAACAGACAACCACGGCAAUGACAGCACUUGAACAACAAGGCGACACGAGUAACAUAGGCAAGUACAACACAUUGGUCAAGGUACUGCGUGACCUCAAGGACUCAGAGACUAAGCUGAAAGCUCAUCUUGAAGCUGCCAAGAAAUCAGAGGCUGCUGCUCAAGUAGCCAAUGGAUGUCAGAACAAUGAGUCAGUUACUUCACCAGUCAAUGGAGGUGAAGAAACGGAGGAAGAAAUUCACAACACUGGUGGUAACAGAGUGGUGGGAGUUGUUGGCCCUGGGAAUGUUGCAACUCUGCAGGAGCGAUUAGCUGCUAGUCAAGAGGAAUCUGCUGCGAUCAUGGGCCGAAUGAGGGCGAGUAUUGCCCGCCGGGAAGACCUUAUGGUCCGUUACAAGGCUACUCGUGAGCGAUUAGAAAAUCUCAAGAAGCAGCAACAAAAUAUGCGGAAUCAGGAGGAGCAACAAGUGCAGCAACAAACAGGGGAAAAUGAAUCAGGAUAUGAGGACCCAAUCCCAGGAGUUGAAAAUUGGUCUGUGGAUGAAAUUAGACAAGGCCUUGAAGAAUUUCAGUCUCUUCUUGACAAAGUGGAACGCCUACAAGGAAUGUACGCAAUAAAAGCUCAGAAUGUGGACCCAGAUGAUGAGGAAGCUCAGACAGCUGUGGCCAGUAAGCUGGGUCAGCUUGCAUCAAAGCGACGAUUGCUGGUUGAUACAGUCGCAAGAUUGCGUAGAAUUCAGCGGCAAAGUCAGGAUGAUCAGCAAGCUGAUUCUGGGGAUGGUCCAGCAAGAUCUCAGAGAAACUCCACAGUGCCAGUUGAGACACCAGACAGUAAUCAGGGCACAUCUACCGAACGACUUGGAGAAAUUCACUCUACAACUUCAGAAGCAACUCCAAGAACUUCCAUUCAUGCCAAUGAUGAAAUUUCUCAGAUAAAUAUGAAUUCUACAGCAAGCAAUGUUGCUGAGGUAUCAGAUGAAAUAUUAUCAAGACAGAGGCAGCUACAGUCUCUACAAAAGCAGUUGGGUGACAUGAAAAAGCUUCUGGAUGUCACAACUGCUGCUCGAAAGGAGUGAUGCACAAAUACCAAGAAAUUGCCAAAGCCAAGGAAAGGCUUUCCAGAAUGGAGGAGGUGAUGGAAAUGAUUGCAAAUGCCAAGAGGAACAAUCAGAACUUGAGAGAAGUCAUCCCACCAGACUACUUGGCCCUCCUGGAGGAAGCUGAGAAGAUUUGAUAGAAGAGGAAAAUGAUGAUGGUGAGGUUCCUGCUCGAUCCCAUCGCCGCACUCAGCAGCCUCCUGUCCCACCCAAAGAUCGUAACCGUCACUCAGCUACUCGUCACCGUCGCCGUCAGGAUUCUGGCCGUUUUUCAGUAAACAACCUGACCACAGCCCACUCAGGACGUCCCAAACACAAUCGACUCCGGGGAAGUAGUGUACCCAAGGCUUCAUGGGAAUCAGUGGGCACAGUGGAAGGGGCCAGCUUCAAGUCUCCCUCCAACACAACACUGCAAGCACACCAGACUCUUGGUGCAGCCCUGUCACAGUUGAGCCAAGUGCAAGGAACAAUCAACAACCUGCAGGAGAGUCUGCGCCAAGAGCAGAAUCAAGUAUUAGGUACCCUUCCUAGCCCUUACAGCCAGUUUUUGCCACAGUACCUACCUGACAUUCCCUCUGCUGGUGUGACACCUUCGUCCUUGUCACAUGUUCCAGGGAUAGGAGUCACUACAAGUGGAGUUCAGGCCCUCACUCCUAUGUCUCCAUAUGCUGGACUGGGGUCAUUGGCAUUGGGUAGUCAAGCAGGUGGAAGUGAAACGGUUGGACAGCUAAACCAGCAGCUGAUGAUGGGACUUCAGCAGUGUUUCUCACAGCUCCACCUGCACUCUUUGGAAAUCCAGGCCCUGAGCAAGCACCUUCAGCUCCUUGAUAGAAGGGAUCAAGUGGACUCAGUUCCAAUGCCUGAUUCUGGAAAUGGACGAGUUGACAGAAGAAGAGGAAGGGCUGGAACUAGGAGGAGUGAGGAAGAGGAGGAUGAAGAGGAAGAUGAUGAUGAUGAGGAGGAAGUGACAGCUGGAACUCGUCCAUCAUACCCACUGCAUCACAAUCUUCUUGCUGCCUCACUUACCCGGGAUGGAAAGGAAAGUGUAUCUCGUGUGCCACAGUCUCUCUCUUACCCCUUGUUCCUCAGCCAACCUGGUGAAGAAGGUCACUCAACAGGUGUCACAAACCCUAUAUAUGGUCGUUUAGGAGACAUAAGAGACCAGCCAGGAACUUGGGGCUCUCAAGCUCCAACACCUGGUACAGAGCAGCCCUCUGAGCAACUAGCCUCCAUGCUGGGAGUAGCUGGAAUUGUAGACAAUAGUCCAUCACAUCCUCUGCUGCACUUAGAUCGUAUGAGUGAGGAGAGGCCACAGUCGCAACCUCCAGAGGACCACCACUGGUCAACAUUAACCUCUGCACAUCCACUUCAUCAUCAGACUACAGAUCUUCUCAAUAACCAGGUUCCUCCUGGGACUAGAGCCAACAACUAUUGGGACAAUUUCCGCAGCUAUUCUCGGCAAAACCUCCUCUCCACAACUACCAAGAGCAAUACUAGUGACCAUCACCCAGCAUCUACCACUUCCACCUCUGCUGCAGUACCCAGUGGCUCAGCAGGUCUUCACCAGGUAUGCUAUUGAUACUUAAAUCUGCUU